GGUUUACUGGGAUAUAAGAAGAAAAAAAUAUUUCUUCUCGAAAUAUAAAAAAGCGAAAUAAAUCCAAAGUUAUUGUUUGAAUUAUACACCAAAAGCUGAAAAUUCAUGUAAAGACAAGUGAGAACUGCAGUGUAGUAAAGAAAGAAAAGUUUAAAUUGAUUUUAUGUAAAAGAAAUGCAAGACUUUUGAAUCACAUAUGAAAAAGUAAAUAAAUGAAUGAUGGAGCCAGAAUUUGAUUGCGAUCGCUUUGAAAAGAAGUUAUUAAACCUUAAAGAUACGCAAGACUCUAUCACUGGACUUUCCAAAUGGUGUUUAAGUAAAAGAAAUGCGCAUAAGCAAAUUGUUAGGAGUUGGUUAAAUGUCUUAAAACAAGUUAAAAUUGAGAGCCGUUUAACGCUGUUCUAUCUUGCAAAUGACGUCAUUCAACAUAGUAAGAGGAAAAAUUAUGAAUUUGUUGACAGCUGGGGAACGACAUUACAGAAAGCAACAACUUUGGUGAGGGAUGGCAAAGUGAAAGAGAAAAUCUCAAGAAUAUUCAAUAUAUGGGAGCAGAGGGAAGUGUAUAGCGAGGACUUUAUUGCUGAUCUGCAUGGUUUGCUUGCAAUAAAUCCUGGAAAAAAGUCGUUUUCAUCAACAUCUUCGUCGUCCAUUACGGCGGCAAUUCGAACAGUUUCCCCCCUUGCUGUGAAUCAACAACAAAAAUCUGAUGAAUUUGAAGAUGAGUUUCAGCUAUCAGGAGUCGUUUCAAACAUUAGAAAUUGCGUUUCACUAGAAACGGAAACAGAUAAAAAUCUAAAGAUUGUUGUAAAAACUCACGUACCGGACAUGGAGAAGACGAGAAGCAAUCUUAAAGAUCGGACACAUGUCGAUGAAGUUGAGAAAGACAUCGAAAAUGCAUCCACUAAAUACGAGCUCUUUAUUUCGAGUUUAAAUGCUGAGAUUAAAGCAAGAAAACUUCUCUUGACUGCACUUGAUCAAGCUGAUAAGUUUUAUCGUAACCAAAGAAGAGACGUCAAAAAAGUUGUUUAUGCGUACAAAAACUUUGGCGAUCGAAUAAAAACAAUUCAAACAGAACUCAAUGCCAAAAUUCCCCAACUUUCAAGUCCAAUUCCAUCACCAGACAUUAACGCACCUUCACCUGAACCUGAUGACAAUGAUUUUGAUCUUCCUGGUGACAUGAACUUUUAUAAUUCGAGCUUAAAUGGAUUCGGAUCUUUUCUCAACAACGACACUCCACUUCCAUUUGAUUUGAAUGAGUUUUAUCGUGAAUCGCCACCGCCAGUUGAUCGAAAUUCAAUUCAAGUCAUUAGCACGCAAGAUCAACAGCAACAAUCGUCAGCGCCACUGAAUGACUUUUACAAUUCGCUCAUCCCAUCAAAGCUUGAAGCUUAUAAUCCUGAAAUGAACUAUGCUGGAAGUUAUCAACCGUCACAGCCUCCACUUCCCUCUGCAGCACCGCCAAUGAACAAUUAUCCGAAUAAUAACGUGCAAACUACAAAUUAUAUGAUUGCCCCACCACCUCCACCUUCCACUUACAAUCCGUCACCUCAAUUGGACUUCACACAAACCAUGAGCUCAAAUGUUCCGCCAUUACCACCACCAUUGAUUGACAACAACGUCGCUGACGAAUAUUCAUGGAAUAAUUGGACUUCAUCAACUGUUGAAACUCCACAUUCGCCACCACACUACGAGCGGAAGGGACACGAUUCAAAUAUGAUUGAAUAUGUCGAUGAUAGUUUAAGAAACAUUUCAGACUCAAGUGACGUUGAUCAUCGACAAUUGAUGGAUGAACUUGAAGGAAACAUUAAAGACGUUGAUCAUAGAAAUUUAAUUUCAUUAACGGGAUCUCCAGGACAAAAUUUGGCCAAAGAUUCUGAUCAACAGCAAAAUUAUGCCAAUCAAAAUCCGUCAAACGGAAGUGAACAAUUUUUGGGGCCACCCGUUGAUCCACCUCAGAUUUUCAAUAAAUUUCUGGCAAUGUCGGAAACUGUUGACAUUUCAAAGCCACCCAACUUUGUUAAUCGCAUUCAAAGACCGCCACUUUUACCAACACCUACAAUGCCUCCAAGAUUCAAUCGAAACACGAGCAUGAAUAACGAUUCAUCGAGGGGAAUGAAUGGACCUGAUGACAUCGAAACAGUUGACAUGGAGAUGUCUGAUGAUGAUACAGGAAUAGAUAAUCGAAGUGUUGGAUCGUCAGGUGGUGAUCAUCGCGACUUUGCCAUGAACAUGUUUUCUCUUCCACAACAAGUCAACAUGAACCGUCCGCCACCUCCAGUGAUGUCUGAAAAUGAUAUGAACCAACAAAGGAAGUCCUGGAUUCAUAAUCAUGUCAAUGAACAAGAUGAUGGGAAUAAUCAGAUGAAUGACAAUUCACAAGGACUUCUGGGCGUCGGUCCACCAAACUUCAUGCCAAGAAAUAAUUUUCAAGGAAAUUUCCGUGCUAAUCGUGGUGGGAAAAUAAUGCGAGGCGGCAACAACAACAUUUCACCUUACAACAACGUCAAUAACAACAACUUUCGUAGUGGUCGUGGUGGACCGAUAAGGCCACGUGGUCGUGUUGGCUUUCGUGGAAACUUCAAAGGUCAGGGUCAAUGGUAAAGAGAAUUUAAAUGAAAAAAAUAAGAGCAAAGUAGCAUUUCGAUUCAAUAGCGAUGGAAGAGGAAACUUUUUAAAUGUUUUUAGCUGUAAGACUUUUGAAUCAUUUUAUGAGUGUUUAAAUAAACGUUUAAGAUGAUGAUUGCUUAGUGCUUAUAGGAUCCAAGAUUGAACUCCAAAGGAAAGCGAGUUUAAUGAGAGAAAAACUAAAAACUUUGAACUUGAAUAUUUAUGAAACAAUAAAAGAAAGAUUAAUUGAUGAUUUUUGGAAUUGUUAGAUAUCAUGUUAAGAUUUAAAAAUUAUUAUUCAUCAUAAUCACAGACACAAACUUAAGUACUCUGUACGAAACUUUUGAAUAAAUCCCAAUAAAUUUUGUUCACUCUUUUUGAUUGAUAUCUUAUCAUCACAAUUUUACUCUCAUUCAAAGUAGUCAAAACAUACAAAACAAAAACUUAUUUUUAAAAUUAUUUUUAAAUUAUUUAAUAAAUAAAUGAAAAAUAGCAUUUUUUUCUCAUCCCCCUUUGUAUUGCUAUGUGCACUUUUAUUGAUCAACAAAAAUCAAUGUUUGCGAGGUGAUUUUAAGUGACUCAUUCACUUUUUAUGUUCUACAUCCAUUUGGGCUGUGAUUUUAAAUUUAACAUAAAGAAUAUUUAAGAACAUAAAAUUUGAAUGGAUAAAAUUAUCUCCCAAACAUUAUUAAUUAUCGGGCAUGGAGUUUCUGACAUUGAAGUGCCUUUUCACGUCUUGAUAAUUGAACUUUUACGAUCAAUUCUCUAUCAAAAAUGAUCUCUACUAGUCAAUAUUUUGGUUUCCUUUUUGAAACAUGAGCCCAGUGAUCGAAGAAUCAUCAUCUUAGAUAACUCAUAACAUUUUAUUUAUAAGAGUACAAAGAAAUUUGAUUAUUUCAAUGUGAAUUUUGUUUCUUUUUCGGAGGCGAAACAUUACGAAAAUUUUUAUGUUAAAAUUAUUGUACAUGACUAAAUUAUUCUUAAGAUGAAAUUCUCUUUAGACAUUAAUAAUGUUUAAUCAUUAUCGCAAUUUAUUAAUGAAUGAAAAUAAUAAGAUUAGAUUUUAAGGAACAUUGUACAAAACAACGCAAAAGUCAGUAAAUUAACGAAUGAAA